AUGACAGAGCACUCCUUAUUCGGUAAUUACAGGAUAAUCCUGGCCAGUACUUCACCACGACGUAUAGAACUAAUUAAACAGAUUGGAAUAAAAGCGGAAAUAAUCCCCUCUGACUUUGAAGAGAAUCUCCCUAAAUCUUCUUUCCCGACACCUGCAGAUUAUGUGAUAGCCACUGCUGAAGGUAAAGCCUGCAAGGUUUUCAGUGAAAACACAGAUGCUGUAGUUAUUGGAGCCGAUACAGUGGUUGUAAUUGACAAUAAGAUCCUUGAGAAGCCGAGUGAUGCGCAGUGUGCACACACCAUGUUAUCACGGUUAAGUGGGCGCAUCCAUCACCUGGUAACCGGAGUGUGUAUCUGCUACCAGGACAUCAAACACACAUUCCACGUGCAGACGGAAGUUAAGUUAAUUGAUUUAUCUCCUGAUUUGAUAGACUGGUAUAUUGGUACUGGGGAACCAUUUGACAAGGCCGGAGGGUAUGGAACUCGUGGAAAGGGCGCUAUCUUAGUGGAUAGGAUAGCGGGAUGUCCUUUCAGUAUGAUGGGAUUACCACUUCAAAAGCUGCACAGUGAACUUUCACGUAUCUUAGGUUGA